AAUUGAACGAAACAGUAGAAAAUUAAAUUCCCUCGCCUCCCUUCCCCUUCCUUCCAUUUCCCCCGAACCAAACACUGCGUAAACCAUAUCAAUUCCCAAUCAAAAUCCCCCUUUCCAAAUUUGAACCCUAAAAAUUCCCUCCAGACAAUUCCAAUCGUCGUCGUUCCAUAUCUCCUCUGAUUCUGUAGCAUGGCCUGAAUUUUAUGAUGCGGCUUUAACUUUGGUGGCCGUUUUCUAUUUUCCGGCUAGCCAUUGCUUCUUUUUUCUUGCAAAUUGAGGAGAAAGGAUACAGGAGGAAGGGAGGAUAAAGAUGGCUGGCCCGGCAUUACAGAUGAACCCUCAGAUGGAACAGAUCCAUGGUGAAAUUCGCGAUACAAUCCGUGCCCUUGGAUUGAUCAAAGAAUUUGACCGUGAAAUCAAAGAUGAGGAAAGUAGAAAUCCUGCGGAGGUGAACAAGCAGCUUAGUGAUGAGAAACAAUCCAUGAUAAAAGAGUUAAAUUCAUAUGUAGCUUUGAGGAAAACGUACAUGAACAAACUUGGGGGUAAAAGAGUUGAACUUUUUGAUAUGGGAACUGGUCCUAGUGAGCCGAUAGCUGAUGAGAAUGUUCAAGUGGCAUCAGAAAUGUCGAACCAGGAGCUUGUUAAUGCUGGAAUGAAGACGAUGGAUGAAACUGACCAAGCCAUUGAACGCUCCAAACAAGUUGUUCCCAAAACUAUUGAAAGCUUUCAGUUGGUGGCCAUUUUCGUUUUCCGGCGAGCCAUUUUCAGUUUCGUUACAAAUCUGAAGGAGAAGGGUGGUAACGGAAAGAGGGGAAAUGGCUUUCAAAAGCUGGACAAAAUCAAAGACUCAAAUAGACAAAGCAAACAGCUUGAGGAACUUACAGGGAAGAUGCGGGAGUGUAAAAGAUCUUGUGAAGAAAUGAAAACGUUCUCCAUCUAUAAUCUGCCACUAGAACUUUGUAGAGGUUGCGAUUUCAGACUGAUAAAAGAAUUUGAUCUUGAAAUUAAAGAAGAGGAAAGUAGGAAUCCUCCUGGGGUGACCAAGCAGCUUAAUGAUGAGAAACAAUCCAUGAUAAAAGAGUUGAAUUCGUAUGUAGCUUUGAGAAAGACGUACAUGAGCACUCUUGGGGGUAAGAGGGUCGAACUUUUUGACAUGGGAAAUGGUUAUGAACCACAAGCUGACGAGAAUGUUCGACUGGCAUCAGAAAUGUCAAACCAGGAGCUUGUUGAUGUUGGAAUGAAGACAAUGGACGAAACUGACCAAGCCAUUGAACGCUCCAAACAGGUUGUCCACCAAACUAUUGAAGUAGGAACACAAACUGCAGCUACUUUGAAAGGCCAAACUGAACAAAUGGCUCGCUUGGUAGAUGAGUUGGACAAGAUCCAGUUCUCUAUCAAAAGGGCAUCAAAACUCGUAAAGGAGAUUGGUCGACAGGUGGCCACUGACAAAUGCAUCAUGCUUUUACUCUUUUUGAUUGUGUGUGGAGUUAUUGCCAUAAUUAUCGUUAAGAUUGUGAAUCCCAACAAUCGAGACAUAAGGGAUAUUCCUGGACUAGCUCCACCUGUUCCAACACGGAGGUUGUUGUUUGUAAAAGAAGCACCAUGGAACAAUAAUUUUUGAGGAUAUUGUUCGUCUCAGAUCAGAAAGAAGCAUCCGGGUUUAAUUUUUGUUGUGGUGUCAAUU